AUGAUCGCCCGAAAUGUUCUCGCUGCCUUUGUUGGUCUUGCAGUUGGUGUCCGGGCUGGCCCAUGCAAGCCUUCGUCAGUGACAACCACGACUGACACAGCAUCCACCGAGGUCACUUCAAUCACUAGCAUCGCCACUUCUGGAGACCCAACCACCACUACCGAAGCUGCUACUACUACCACCAGCCCGGGCGAAUAUGUCUGCCUCAAGGACCCUGCUCCGGUUGGCAAGGGAUGUAACGCCCAGGGCGGUGGUCAAGGUGACUUGCAGACCAUGGGCAACGCGAAUACGUUGACGCUGGCCUCCUGCUACAAGUCUUGUCUGGACAGACCUGGGUGUAUCGCAAUCUCCUUGCAGCCUGGUUUGUGGUGCGCACUGUGGGCUGGAUCAUUCACCGGUACCAGCGGUGGUGAAUCGGCUUGGUCUUGGUACGACAUGGACUGCUUCUGUGACGAGUCUUCAAGCACCACAAGUGGCUUGGCUACCGGGACGACAGCCACCGAAGCUAUAACUAGCGAACUUACAACUUCAUCUGUCGAACUCACUUCGACCACAGAGACUGCUCCUGCUACGACCACUACCACUGUGCCAAGCUAUUCCUGCGUCAACAAUGAAAAGCAACCACUUCCAGCCGGUAAGCCCUGCAACAAAGCAGGCAACGCCAAUCAGAACAGCGAUUUGGAUGUCAUGUACAAUCUCCAUGACGCCAGAACAGUGUCGUCGUGCAGAGAGGCCUGUCUAAAUGCAAAUGGCUGUAGCGCAUUUAACCUCAAACCUGGUAGCGAAUGCUGGUUAUAUUCAGGCACUCUUGAUGGCGUCAUUGAGAGUGAAUCGGAAUAUUAUUGGUGGAGCAUGGACGACUGCUUCUGCGAUGAGUCUUCAACCACGACAACUGGCGCGUCUAUCGAACUGACAACCUCAUCCGUCGAACCUACUUCAACCACAGAGACCGCUCCUGCUACAACCACUACCACUGCACCAGGCGAGUCCUGCGUUAACAAUGAGAGGAGUCCUGUACCAUCCGACCAAGUCUGCAAUAAACAUGGCUACUACGACGGUACUACCAUGACAGAGCUGGGCAGUGCAUCCGGUGCCAACACGAAGGAGUCCUGUCGCGAUGCUUGCCACGACACCAACGGAUGUGCCUAUUUUGCCUUCUCUCCUAAUCAGUUCUGUUCACUAUACGGUGGCACCAUUGAGGCCGUAAAUGAUCAAGUGACGACCUACAUUUGGUAUGACAUGGACUGCUUUUGCGACUUGGAUGAGCCAGACUACUGA